AACUAUUGGUACGCCCCCGGGUCCGACCAUUCUAAGCGAUCGAACUCGACUUACAGACUAGACAUGUUCAGCCCUCAUCUUCUUUGAGUACAUUACGACCUUCUCUGACGAGGUUCAUGUCAUCUGGAAAGCCAGGUUGACCACUGUCACAGGCAUAUUUGCCCUCAACCGUUAUCUACUCAUGGUACAAGGCAUCAAUGUCACACUGAAUGCCAUCUGGUGGCAUACUCCACUGAGCUGUGAGGCUGUGCUUUUAUCGACAGACGUGACAGUCGCUGUUCUUGAGGCUGUGACAGCAAGCUUUUCCGCGUUCCGCACAUAUGCUAUUGAUGGACACCAGAUCAUCCCUGCAUUGCUAGUCUUGAUACUGGGGCUAGCGCCGGUCACCGUCAACAUCUUUAUAUAUACAAGAGAUUCAGACGCGUUCAUCACUUACGUAGGCAGCUAUCCACUUUGUGACUAUAACGUCCACCGGUCCAUCGCGAUAGAGAACAAACGUGAGCUUGAAAAAUUCCGAUGAGUUGUUGCUCUGGCACGCACCAUUCCUGCAGUCGUCCUCAUCGCGCG